AUGCUGAAGUUCGCUGUAGGCCCAUGGGCCGAAAGUCUGUACCAUACAGACGCGUUUCGCGACCGCAACGCGUUGGAAUUGAAAUAUCGACGAAAAACGAACAGUGAGGACACUCAUCGCCUCAGGCAAAGUCUGAGAUCUGCCAAGAAUUUGUCGUUUUUGAAAAAUUUCACUCGACGGUAAGGGGCGGCGGGCAUCUUGUGGGACUAUUGUGGUAUUAUUAGGUGCCGACAUAAAGAACCCGCCAUACUUUUCCUGUAAUUUCCUGUAAAGAAUGGCGGGUUCUUUAUGUCGGCACCUAAUAUUUUUUGAUUCCUUGUUUAUUUGUGGUAUUAUUGGUACUAUUGGUACCGUUUUUUUAAUUUUUUUUUAUUAUUGGUACUAUUUUGGUGCUGUUUUUCAAUUUUUUUAUUUUUAGUACUCUUCUGGUACUGUUUUUGGUCUUUAGUGAUUCUGGUAUUCUUGGUACUGCUUUUUUUUGCUUUUUGGUGCACACUUUAGGAUCUUUUUUAUUACUAGUACUUUUUUUUUGCUGUUUGUUGCUACUAGUACUGUUUAAGGUCUUUUAAAAUUUUCGAAACUUAAAUAAUUGAAACUUUUUUAAAUUUAACAAUUUUCAAAAUUAAAACUUUUUUUUUAUUUUUAAUGAAGAGUACCAAAACUACUUUAAUGUAAAGCCCUUUUAAUCUAGUGUGCUUGACUUCACGCUAUAUUAUGUUAUGUUAGUUACUAAUUUGUUUUUGUUUAUUAUGCUAUAAAAGGUGAUUCUACAAAAGGAUAAUAUUAUAGUAGAUAAUAAAUGUUUUUGGCGGCGUACUUAUUAGUAUUAUAAGUACAAGUCAUAAAGAAUUUGGCGUAAAUUAUGAUAAAAGUAAAAUUUUUUUGAAAUUUUUUUAUAUUAGGUGCCGACAUAAAGAACCCGCCAAUUUUUAUAUGAAAUUACAGGCAAAGUAUGGCGGGUUCUUUAUGUCGGAACCUAUUAAUUAUAUAUAUAUUACCAUAAAUUGAAAAAAAUGUUUUUAAAGGACCUUUUCACAAACUCUUUAUUUUUAAUUGUACCCACACGUCUCUUCUGGAUCACUUCGACGUAAUCAAACUUAAUUACAAAGCAAAACAAAUUUGUUUACCUGAGGGCUUUCGGGCAUUGUUUGGCUAACUGCUUAAGCUUUUUUCUUAUUUUCUUGGAUUUUUAUAGAAGAAAAAUCACUUUCAAGGUCUUUUAAGUUUUUAGGUAACAAAUUUUUAAAUUUCAGGUAACAAAAAGCUUCUUUUGAGGGGUUUUUUCUAAUUUUAGGUGUCAAAUUUGUCAAUUUUAGGUAACAAAAAGCUUUUUCUGAGGUUUCUCUUAGUUUUAGGUAUCAAAUUUUUAAAUUUUAGGUAAUAAAAAUCUGUUUUUUGGGAUUUUUAAAAAAUUUAGGUAACAACUCGUCUUUUUCAAAUAAUAAAAUCCAUUUCAAUUUCAGUGAAGACUCAAUUCGACCACAAAAGUCACGCUACAGUUUCAUCGGUACUCCCGGGCUAGCCCAGCGUCGUGACGAUGUUUUAACGACCAGUCUACAGAGUUUGGGCCUAGAUGAGUUGGAUGUGACUGAUGAUGAAGUUAGCAAAAGUUCUCGGAAUUUCAAAGUGAAAAAAGAGAAAAAGGAUUCAGAAGGCGCGAAACGACGGUCAAAUGUUUAUUCGAAUUCAGAUGACGAAGGGAUGAUCUGGCAUCAAACUUCUGGGCGGACCGAUAAGGAGGUAGGUGGUUUUGAUAGGGGUUGA